AUGGCAGACCUUCUACGCACUCCGUUGUUUCCUGUGGAGAGGCUCUCCAAAGAGACUAUUAUCAAGCUUCCUCCGCAGCCUAGCGCAGAGAGUGGUUCCGUCAAGCUAUACCUCAUUCAGGCAGAGGAAAACCUGUUUCUAGAGGGGUUCACAGAAGAAGAGACAAGAGGCAGGCCUCCCACCAUUCUUCGCGGCUGUCUGUUUGUGCGAGUUCUCAGGCCAGUCAAAAUAAAAUCCAUUUCGCUGAAACUUACCGGUACGUCCCGAACAGACUGGCCGGAGGGAAUACCUCCCAAAAGAGUCGAGCAUGUUGAACAGAACACUCUUAUACAGCACACAUGGCCUUUCUUUCAUCACACAAACACUUACGAGGUUACAGAAACCAGCCGGAAUAACGCAGACCUGUUUAUUCCUAAGAGCGACGUCGACUGCGAACCAUCGAAUUUCAGUCUCGAUAAUAGUCUCUCCCCCGUUACAAGCGCAAUAGACAUGUUCACGGACAUGAAGCCUGUGAAGUCGCCUUCGCCGCUCGCAAUGGUGCUCAAGGGGAAGCGGCCAAGCUCGCCCCGGCCCGGACUAUUCGCUCAGCUUUCACAGCAGGAUGUCGACCUGGCUCCGGCCAAGUCGAACACCAGCGUCGACGACACAAAACUGUUCGUGCCAGGAGACUAUAUCUACGCCUUUGAGCAUCCGAUCCCGGCAUCUGCGGCAGAAUCCAUCAACGUGACGUUUGGAUCGGUUUUCUACCAGCUUGAGGCAUUUCUGGAGCGCAGCGGCACCUUCAAGUCCAGUUUAUCGGCGAAAAAACCGGUGAAUAUAGUGCGGACUCCCUCUCAGGAUUCUAUUGAGGAGAAUGAACCGAUAGUUAUUAACAGAGACUGGGAAGACCAGCUGAACUACGAGAUAGUCGUUUCGUCGAAACAGGUGUUGUUGAACUCAUAUUUAUUGAUUUCGUUCAGGCUGAGUCCACUGGACAAAAUCAAAGUCCAUAGGAUCAAGGUCUAUUUCACAGAACACUUGGAGUACUAUUGCAAGAACAAACGAGUCCACCGCACAGAGCCACCCAAGAAAUUCUUGCUAUUGGAGCACAAGGCCGGCAAUCAGGAAGAUAAUUUGCUUUCACUCGGCCAGGACGAAAUCUCUGCUAGAGAGCUCGAGUUCCAUGUUUACGUGCCGGAAAAGCUCGGAGACAGAUAUCAGCUGCACCCAGACACCUCGUUCGACGACAUUCAGUCCCACCACUGGAUCAAGAUCUGUAUUCGGAUCUCGAGGUCUGCUCCCACGUCAGAGGACCCCAAGAAACGCAAGCAUUUUGAGCUUUCCAUCGACUCGCCGAUUCAUCUGCUGUCUCCGCUCUGUGCGCAUGCCAACACUCUGCUACCUUCCUACUCAGAGCAAAUGGAGGGAAUUACUCAGAGCAGAGACUCCAUCGAUAUGUUACUGUCAUCUAGAGAGCGGAUCAACACUGACUCGAACCUGUACAAGCCGGAUGGGCGCACACCCUAUGUAUUGCAAUCACCACAGGCCAAGCCUUUUUCGCCAAUGAUGUCACCUCAGUCCAGCAGUGCAGAUCUGCGCAACAGCUUGCCGCUUCUGCAGUCGCCACAGCUGCUAAAAAACUCUAGCUUCAGCGCCAAUGGCCUUGGUUUCGAAGACCCACCUCCAAACUUCGAGGAAACCACCAAGGACAUGCCUCCGUCGUACGACGAGGCGGUCAAGGACAAGCAGAGCGAGGAAGAGGAAAAGACACAAAUGACACCAGACACUUCUUCAUCAAACCGCUCUUCGUACUACGUGGACGAACGGAGAUCGAGAUUUGACAGGAUCAGAGACGAUCCGGAGAUGGAGGGCAGCGACUUGGGAGGAAAUUUCAAAUUAAAAGUUGUUCCAAUCAGGUCUCGUUCGACUUCCCAGAGCAGGGACGAUAUGAGAUCCAGAUCGCCUCCGCUGGUUUCUCAGUGCCGGUCCAAAUCUAGGCUCGUUAGCUCUUCUCUGAUUCCGGGCAACUCUUUCAUCAACGUGUCGAAUGCCUCUCAUGGCAUGGACGAUGCGCUUGCCCAAGCUUUUAACGACGAGGAGCAGCAUCCAAACAGGCCAAAUUCUGCUUCUCAACCAAGCCUGGCCAGCGUUCCGGAGCACCCUGUCUCGCCUAAGCAAGAGGAAGAUCCCAGCCACGAGAACAACGAGUCAAACUCAGAACCGCUCAUGAACUCCCCAGGACAUUUUUCUACAAGGUCGUCAAUAAACUCGCUGACAGGGUCUCUGAUCUCUGAAGACCCUGCAACCAGAAAACCGCUGUUGAGCCACGAGUCAACGAACAACCUAUCAGAAGAAAAUGCAAGCUCAAUUUUCAAGCUGCCACCAGAAAAUGGCAGCUCCGUCGAUAUCACGGCAAUGCUGGGGUCGUCACUGUCAAAUAACAACGCGUUCGAAAUAGCUCCGGACGCAAGAUGGCAUCCAUUCAACAUGACAGAAGCCUCAGAGGGCUCUGCAGUGCCGAACCUCCCGCAUAACAUUCGCAAUUCUAGAAGAGCAGGUCUCCAGAAUAAAUCAAUCGAAUGGAAAGCGCAGUAUGCCCAGACAGGAGCUCAAGAUUUUCGUCUUGACUACGGAAAUGUGGAAAGACAACUGAGCUUUGGAGUCGAACCUAUCCUUUCGGUGCUGGCAGCAUCGAACGAGGAUGGCGUUACAAAUUCAAAAACAUUAAGCUCGCACACCGUUAGGAAAAACGAGGAAGUUGUUGAAGACUAA